CCUUAACUUAAACUUUCAACUUUUUUGAUGCAACAACUUUACAACACACUUUUUUGCCUGUAUGUCAAUGUCAAUGGCCUGAACUCUUGAACUCUGCUGGUAUUGCGGAUUAGCUGAAAGUCCUGUGUGUCUGUCAUGUGGAUAUAUAUGUUAUAAGGAGAGCUCAGCAUUAAUGACGUCACUGCUGGAGAUUAUAAUGCGAUCCAAAGCGAUUGCGAGAAAAUUCAGUCAAGGCUCUAACGGCGACGAUUACGAUCCGAGCGUCGUGCGCCAUCAUCACCAUCAUCAUCACCACUUGGAUCACAGCAGUGGGGCGCCGGCAUUUGCACCAUUGCCGCCGGCGCAUCUAACCUCCGGUCAGACGAGGCCCGAGGAAUCGUUUGGUCGCCACCUGCCGCCAACGAUAUCCCCGCCACCAGCAACGCUCCAGCAGCAGCAGCAGCAGCAUCAACAGCAGCAGCAGCAGCAACAGCUGCAACAUUCACCGCCCACGCUGCCGCCUGCCUCAGCGUCCGUCUCCAACGGUUCCAGCAUGGAGCAUCUGUUCAAUGACAAGGCGCAGGCGGAACGCUUUCUGCUGGAGAUGGCGCGUCUGCGCGAACCCGUCUGUGAUCUGGAUAUACGUGAUACUGGCGUCUAUGCCAAGACACAUCUGCCCCGAGGCACCCGCUACGGACCCUUUCCCAUGCGACUCUGCCAGCAGCCCAGCGAUCGACACUUGGCCUGGGAGGUGAUUGCCGGCCCAUUGUUUCACGGUUGGCUGGAACCCUCAUCGGAUGUGGCCACAUGGCUGAAAAAAAUACGCGCCGUUCAAAGUGAUGAAAUCGAAGAGGCUAAUUUAAGGAAUUUCAUCAUUGCCGGCUAUCUGUGGUACGAGACGAAACGGGAUGUAAAUGCUGGCGCUGAAAUUGUUGUCGAUGCCCGUCCGAAAACCCCCUACGAUAUCAGCGACAGUUUCAUGAACGGGGCAGGGGCUGCCGGCGGCGCGGGCAGUGCAACAUCGGCGGGGGCCAGCAGCACAGCAGCCGCUGCAGCGGCAGCAGCAGCAGCAGCAGCAACUGCAAUGGCAGCGGCAGCAACAUCCAGCAACAACAACAACAACAACAAUGGUUCGUUGCCAGGCGAUGAUCGCAGCGAUCGUGAUAAUGGCUUUUAUAGCGGAGACGAGAAGAAAGGCGACAACGAUUUCACGGACGACGAGAACGGUUUCGAUAUACGCUGUGAGGUGUGUGAUAAUGUCUAUACGGAUUUAGAACGAUUGGACGAUCAUUUAGUGGGCGCACAUCAUUUCAAGCGCGGAGAAUUCCCCUGCGAGCUUUGUGCCCAGCGUUUCAGCCAUCGUCCUUUGCUAAUCAAGCACGGAGCCAUCGCCCAUAAUAAUAUACGCAAAUAUUCCUGCGAGAACUGUUCCAAGGUAUUCUGUGACCCAUCGAAUUUACAGCGUCAUAUUCGCGCCUAUCACGUCGGCGCUCGCAGUCAUCCGUGUCCGGAGUGCGGUAAAACAUUUGCCACAUCAUCGGGUCUCAAGCAGCAUCAGCACAUCCACUCAUCGGUUAAGCCGUUCGCCUGCGAGGUGUGCUUCAAGGCGUAUACGCAAUUCUCCAAUCUGUGCCGCCACAAGCGGAUGCACGCCGACUGUCGCAUGCAGAUCAAGUGCAAGAAGUGCAACACGAGCUUCAGCACGGUCACCUCGCUGUCCAAGCACAAGAAGUUCUGCGAUACCUCCGACAGUUUUCGCAGCCAGCAGCAGAGUCGCCUGCAACACGCCCACGAUCGCCACCAUCACCAGCAUCAGCAUCAGCAUCAUCAGCAGCAGCAGCAGCAGCAGCAACUCUCGCAGCCACCGUCACUUCUGUUGCCACCCGGUGCCCAUCAGCGACUUGCCGCCGAGACAUCAAAUUCGGCCAUGGCCACGCCACCAAAUCGCAUAUUUAUGAUGCAUCCGACACCGUCGUUCUUUGCUGGCUUUCCCAAUUACGGGCUGCAUGGCUUAUUUCCCGGCUUCCAGCAGGCUGGCAAUUUUCCGCUAUCACACAUGUUUCCCAAUUCGCAGCUGGGCGAUAUGAGUCGCGGCCUGACGCCAAUUGUCUCCCAAACAGCCGCAUUCCAACAGCAGCUGCAGUCAGCGAUGACCAUGAAAACCGAAUCGCCACAUUUGAAACGCGACUCCAGCACACCGGAGCGUAAGCCGAUCAAAUCGGAGCUGCAUCCCUCUGACGAGGAGUCCAAUUCGCUCAGCUACGACGAGCUCAAGCUGAAGUCGAGCAAGUUGCAGGUGCAGCAGGAGUCGGGCAAGGUGAAGCGGGAACUUAAAUCGGAGGCCAGUUGCACCCAGCAAGCCGACGAGGACAGCGAUCAUAAUAAUAGUGACAAUGAUAACGAUAAUGAUAUUGAAAAUGAUAGGAAAUCGAUUGACAUUGUUAGCACUCCGCCGCCAGCGGAAACGCAAAUGAAGACCGAACCGGAAACGGCGGAUGUGGACAAGAGCAGCGCUGAACUGCCGCUGGAUCUGUCCAUCAGUCGCAAGCGCCGCAGUUCGUUGUGCGCCGCCUCCACGCCCGCCCCGCUCUCCAUAUCGCUGUCGAGUCGCGAGCCUUCGCCCGAGCUGGACGCCGAUGAGGAUGAGGAAGAGGAUGAGGACGAAGUGGAGCUGCUGGCGCCGCCGGCAAAGCAACCAAAGCACAGUUCCGGCGAAUCGAGCACUUCCCGUCAGUCGUACAAGGGCUGCAGUCCGGUGCCAAGUGCAAGUGCCUCUCCCGGACCAACACCCUCACCCUCGCCACCCAUCAGCACUGGCGGCGAGUUGAGCAGCAUGUCGGAGAGUGCCGCUGCCAAUGCAACGGCAACGGCAACGGCAUCGGCAGCUGCCGCAGCCGCAGCAGCAGCGGCCGCCUCAGCGAUGGCCUGUCCACGGCAACUGCAUCCGCAGCUGCUGCUGGAGGAGCUCUACCGUACGCGAUUCCCAACGCAGCCGUUUCAUUUUUUAGGCCAAAUGGGCGGACGGCCAGGUUUUGAGUCACUAAAGUCGCCAGCGAUGGGUGCCGCACAUGCGCCCAUCAGUGGCGGCGGCUCGCGUCAUCUGCCGUUUCCGCCCGAGCAUAAUUUCCACGAGGCACUCCGUGCCGCUGGCUUGGCGGCCGCUGCCGCCCGUCCGCCGACAGCGUGCAACGCCAGUGGCAAGCUAAAGGAUCGCUAUACGUGCAAAUUCUGUGGCAAGGUAUUUCCACGUUCCGCGAAUCUAACACGGCAUCUGCGCACCCAUACCGGCGAACAGCCGUACACGUGCAAGUAUUGCGAUCGUGCCUUCAGCAUCUCAUCGAAUCUGCAGCGUCAUGUGCGCAACAUCCACAACAAGGAGCGACCAUUUCGCUGCCACAUGUGCGAUCGCUGCUUUGGCCAGCAAACGAAUCUCGAUCGGCAUCUCAAGAAGCACGAGGCAGAUGCUGGCGGCUUCGAGUACAAUGAUUCGCCCAGUUCGAAUGAGGCAAAUGAUCGCGAUGAGGCCUGCUUCGAUGAUAUCCGUUCGUUCAUGAAACGCGUCUACACGCCCACCAGUUUGGGCGGGGCGGAUGGGGAUACGGAGGAGUAUGCGGGCAGUGAUGAUCAGUUGUCCGUUUCCACGCGUCAGUCUGCCAACUUUGACAAGGAGCUGCUCUCAAAUGGCAACAUCAUCAACAUCAACAACAACAAUAGCAGCAACAAUAACAACAACAACAACAAUAGCAACAACAACAAUAGCAACAACAACAAUAGCAACAACAACAACAAUAGCAACAGCAGCAGCAACAAUCAGACUUUAAAUACAUCGGAAACAAUUGCCGUGAGCACCUAAAGCAUUUCUACUUUAGUAUUCCCAGCUGCUGUUUGCUCUUUGCUGAAUUUCUUGAUAACAAAAACAACAACAAAAA